AUGGACGUGACCAGUCCCUGUUAUGCCUUGUUGGACAGACCACUAUUGGACAGCUUUCCAAAACAAUUAUUACUUCCCUUUUGGAACGGGGCAGAUGUUGGACAAACUGCAUCCUGUGAUUUUGAAUCACCUUGUUCAUGGACCCUGUCCAAUCACAGUGGAGGGGACUGGCAUGUCACAUCGCCAGAGCAACAGAGGGCAAGCAUGGAGGCUGUGUGGCCAGCCACUGAUCACUCUAUUGGAGACACCGAUGGUCACUUCUUGCUGUUAAUGGCCACAGCAGCAGAGGCUUCGGGGAGCUGUGAGUUCUCCCUCACCAGCCCGGUGCUCUCCGAUAGUGGGCCACUGUGCCACCUGCAGCUGGCACGGUUUCAGCCAGAGUACAGCCACGGAAACUUGUCUGUUCGGAUCAAACUGCUGGACUCCGCCUCAGUCAUCAGUUCUCCAGCGCUCAGCCAUCUAGAGCAGGAUGUUGCCAGGGAACAAUGGGAGGUGCUUGAAGCACACAUUGGCCAGCUUGAGGAGCCCUUUCAGGUGACAUUGCUCUACUCCUUCUGCGGGGAGGAGAGCGGGGUCACUUUGGCCAUUGAUUCUCUACAGCUGAAGAACUGCAACAUGGAUUCCAUGCCUCUGGGGUCCCACUGUUCAUUUGAGUCAGGCCUGUGCGGAUGGUCAUUGUCUGGUGACCCCUACCCUUGGACACUGGUCAGUGGCAAAGAGUUGGCCACCAGUGAGGACCUCCUGGGCACAACUCUGCAGAACACUGAAGGUCAAUUCCUGUUCCUGAGAGUGAGGUCCAGUGAAACAGGAGGUGUGGCCCUGGCUCAGAGCCCCCCUCUCCCAGCAACAGUUGGUAGUGGGGACUGUCAGGUGCAGUUCUUCCUGUACCUGUUUGGGGAGUUUAACGGCACAGUGUCGCUGUCAGUGGAGGAGAACGGGACGACCGCGGCCCCUCUGGUGUGGGAAAGGACGGGAAGCUUUAAGGACAGCUGGCUGGAUGUAACCCUUCUGUCAGACUUUCUGAACAGCUUCCACAUGAGCCUGAGUGUCCUGUGGGAGAGCAACUCAAAUGCAGACAUCGCUGUUGAUCAGAUUGCCCUCUCAACGUCUUGCUAUGACACAGAUCAAGACCCAGUGUUCCUGAGACACAGAUUCUUCCAUGACAUGGACGACAGUGAUGACUUGGACUUCUUCAGCCCUCUCCCAGAACCCUCUGCAUCAGAGGUGUCCUUCAUGACCUGGUGGUUCACCUCCUGUGGUGCCAGUGGUCCUCGGGGGCCCACACAGGCCCAGUGUGACAACGCCUACCGAAACACAAAUGUCAGUGUCACUGUGGGCAAAGAUGGGCCAUUCAAGGGGGUACAGAUGUGGAGGGUGCCCGCAACCAACCAUUACAUGAUCUCUGCUUAUGGGGCAGCAGGGGGAAAAGGAGCCAAGAACCACAACAAACGCUCCCAUGGGGUCUUCAUCUCAGCCAUCUUUCCCCUGGAGAAGGGGGAUAUCCUCUACAUUUUGGUUGGGCACCAUGGCGAGGAUGCCUGUCCAGGGAGGAAUGCCGUGACACAGCAGAUUUGCCUGGGGGAGUCUUCAGUGAUUGAGGAUGGACGUGGAAUGUCAGAGUGGGCUGGGGGUGGAGGGGGUGGGGGUGGAGCUACAUAUAUCUACCGGCUUCAGGACGGGGUCAUGGUGCCCCUCCUGAUCGCUGCAGGUGGGGGAGGAAAGGCCUAUUUAGAAGACCCGGAGACCAGCCAGGACCACAUUCCUCUGGAGCUGUAUGAGAAUGACACAGACGCAGCUGGCACCAACGGCAAGACCGCCAUCGCAGGUGGGGGUGGGGGUUGGAGUGACAGGUCCAGUACUCCUUGGGCUGGAAAGUCUCUUCUGGAGGGGGCAGAAGGAGGGUCCUCCUGCCCCCAGGCAUUGUCCCAUCUAGGCUGGUCCACCUCCGGUGGGUUCGGAGGGGGUGGUGGAGCUUGCACUGCUGGAGGAGGUGGAGGUGGAUACAGAGGCGGGGAUGCUGCAGAGACGGAUGACAUCACAGCAGACGGACAGGCUGGGAUUUCCUUUGUGCACCCCAUGGGAGAAAUAUUCCUGCAGCCAUUGGCUGUUAUGGAAAGUCAUGGGGAGGCAGAGAUCAAGGUGCAGCUAAACUGCACUCACUGUCAGUCUCAGAGCUGCAAGCGGGAUGAGGACACCAAGCUCAUCCUCUGCCUCUGCCACGAUGGGAAGGUGCUAGCAGGGGACAAUGUCACCUGCACAGAUCCCAGAGGCCCCGCCCCUGAGGGUCAGCUCUCCCUGCCACUUAUCCUGGCUGUGGUGGCAACGACACUGGUGACGGGUGUGGUCCUGACCUGCAUCAGCCUUAUGCUGAUCUACUACCGGAAGAAGAACCAGCUGCAUGCAGCAAGAGCACGUCUGCAGAGUCCAGAGUACAAGCUGAGCAAGAUUCGGACCUCCGCCAUCAUGACUGAUUACAACCCCAACUACUGCUUCGCUGGCAAGGUGGCCUCACUGAGCGAGCUGAAGGAGGUCCCCCGCAGGAACAUCACAUUACUCAGGGCCCUUGGUCAUGGCGCAUUUGGGGAAGUGUAUGAAGGCCAAGUCCUUGGCAUUGCUGGAGACAAUUCAGCUCUGCAGGUUGCUAUCAAGACUCUCCCUGAAAUCUGCUCAGAGCAGGAUGAGAUGGACUUCCUGAUGGAGGCCCUAAUUAUGAGUAAGUUCAGCCACCAGAACAUAGUGCGGUGCAUUGGGGUGAGCCUGCAGAUCCUCCCCCGAUUCAUCCUGCUGGAGCUCAUGACUGGAGGUGACCUGAAGAGCUUCCUCAGACAGAACCGCCCCAGAAUCGGCCAGAGCUCCUCCCUCUCUAUGCUGGACCUUCUGCACAUGGCUCGGGACAUCGCUCUUGGCUGCUGUUACCUGGAGGAGAACCACUUCAUCCACAGGGACAUCGCUGCUCGCAACUGCCUCCUCACCUGCCCUGGGCCUGGAAGAGUGGCAAAGAUCGGAGACUUUGGGAUGGCUCGUGAUAUAUACAGGGCAAGUUAUUACCGGAAGGGAGGGCGUGCCAUGCUGCCAGUCAAGUGGAUGCCACCAGAGGCCUUCUUGGAGGGUAUUUUCACCUGCAAGACUGACACCUGGUCAUUUGGGGUACUACUUUGGGAGAUAUUUUCAUUGGGCUACAUGCCAUACCCAUGCAAGACCAACCAGGAAGUGCUGGAGUUCGUGACUAGUGGAGGCAGAAUGGACCCACCAAAGAGCUGCCCAGGGCCUGUGUAUCGCAUCAUGACCCAGUGCUGGCAGCAUUGUCCAGAGCAUCGACCCAACUUCUCCACUAUCCUGGAAAGAAUUAACUACUGCACUCAGGACCCUGAUGUCAUCACCACACCCCUGCCUGUGGAAUAUGGCCCAGUGGUGGAGGAGGAGGGGCUCACAGUGACCCGGCCUGAGGGGUCAGGGACCCCGCUGCUCAUGGCCCCGUCUCUGUCCCCGGAGAUGCCCCCUCAGCCUGCCAGCCCUGUUGCUGUCCCUGAAGUGCACAGACCCCACCUGCAGCCCCCCCAGGAGUGUGCCACUCACAGGGAGGCUCCGGAGACCGCCUGGGCAGAAGCCGCCCCGCCCCCAGUGCCGUGUCCUGGGCCGCGGCUCAGCCCGGAUCCCCCGCCCUGCCCCACGGCCCCACCCACCUCCAGCAGCCAGAAGCUGAAGAACAAGACCAAAAACCUGUGGAACCCCACCUACGGAUCAUGGAUGCUGGAGAGUUUUGGGCGGGCCAAGAAACCGCUGUCCCACACGCAGUCCAUGCCCCUGUCCGGUACCCCGUCAGCCUCAGCCGUCCCGGAUCACGAAGGCUUUGGAUCGGAUGGUAGCAGCAGCUCCCCACCCCUCAGCUCCCCGGCCUGCCCGGGUGUGCUUUCUGCCCCCCUCCCCUGCGGUCCUCAGGGUCCACCCAGCCUGUUGACUCGCAAGGGGCCCCCAGAGGUCUUGGGGGGACCCAAUGCUGGGUUAGACCUGGCAAAGCUUCACAGCUUCCCCUGCGGCAACGUCAACUACGCCUACGACGAGCACAGCUAUGAGGCCGAGAGCCUGCCCCUGCCGGCCAAGGUCCCGGAGCCCAGCGCUAGUUCUGUCCCGUCCACCUCGGGGGCUGGCCUGGGCGCCAGGGCCACCGGCUUCUCCAAGCCGCUGGUGAAACGGCACGCCAGCUACGGUCACGAGGACGUCAAGCGGCACUGCCGGCUGGAGAAACCUUGCCGCGAUCGGGAUUCGGGCUUCUCUCUCUCUGAGGACCUGAGCGUCACACCCAUCUAGCACAGUGAAAACGCACUGAAGAACGCAGGGAGAGCACCACUGGAACCACUCCGCACCUCAGAAACGCUUGAACAGGGGAAAGCAGACAUUUCUACCUAACAAAUGUUUCUGUAUUUUAUCUGUCCUUACUUGUUUCUUUUGUUCUCAUAGCAUAAUCCCUUCAUUGUUUACUUUUUGUAGUACUUUUUUAAGAAAGCUGAGACUGGACCUUCAUCUCCAGCCACUUCAGCAUCAGAAGAGUGACAGACCACAAGAGAAUUCAGAGUUCAGUCAGCCAGUAAUGCAUACUUUUGUAGUUUAUGCUAUGUUCUUUAUUUGUUUCUAUGCCAAGAUAGUGGUCAGACUGCUGCCUGGUUACAAUAAGUACAGCCAUGCCAAGUUCUGGCUACCAGCACUGAACUGCGACCCAAGAAAUGCAACACAAUUGACACACGACCCUGCACACCCAGAAAUGCUUUCAUCAGCUCAGGGCUAUCAGAGCUGCCUGGCUUUGAUAGAAACUCUUGUAUCAGCUGUAUGAGAGCUCCAUCCAGUCAGCACAUUCAUUCUCAUUGCUGUGAGAAACACUAAGUCAGAAAUAAAAGUCUGAUGUACUUUGUUCACUGCAGUUGCCUGGCUCAAAGUGGUGCUCUUUAUUUGGUUUUGUUUAAUUUUGGUUCUUUAAUUUGGAUUGUUUUAGUUGCUUUUGGGUAAAGAUGACCAUGUUUACACUUUGUAAAUAGUGGGCAGGAUAUGGUCAGGAUUUACUCAGGGAUGACAGACCUGAGGCAAAUGAUAUAUUUUGUUUAGGAAAAUCUAAUGCAUAAUGUAUUUACAUCUACUAGGAAAUAUAUUUAUGUAUCAUAGUAGUAAUUUUAACACAAGGAAACACUGAAUUGUCAAAUUGGUAAUUAUUAAGAAAAACAUUGCUUAUACUGUAUAUU